AUGAGGGAUCCAUUUCUCAGCAUCGCCGAUGCCCGCUUUCCGAGUCUACACUCGAAGAGCACCGCCCGCGGGACAUGCCUCGGCUGUUGGACAUACCUAGGCGACACACAAGACUCGACGUUUGAAGAAGCCUUGCGUGGAUUGACCCCUAGCCAGCGAGCCUUCUUCGAAAACACCAUCAAGAAAGCACAUGUGCUGCAUAUCAUGGGCAUCAAAGAGCAGCGCAGGAGUGUUGGAUGGAAGUGGGUUGAAUGUAUUUGCGUUGCCUUGACACCAAUCUGCAUCAGUACAUUGGACAGCUUUGGCAAGCACUUCCAAGAACCGAUCAAGCUGAUAGCAAUCCUAUUUUCGUUAUUCAGCACUCUUUGCCGGCUAUCGCCGCAAGGGCGUGGAGAGGCGCUCCUGUAUUACUCAGGCCUGCUGCGAAAAGUCUGUUGGUCAUACUGGUCUGUUUCAGGGGAAUUCGAAGACUACCGCGGCCGCGACGAUAGUGACUUCGAAGACAGCAAAGGCGAUGCCCAGAAAUUCUGGCAGGAGUUCUCGAAGAAUAAGCGUGAAAGCAAGAAGAAACCACGCCAAUCUCAAGCACAGCAACGUCAAACACAUGCCGGAACAGAGGAUCGAGCAAAUGAAGAGGGAGAGGAUCGAGCAAAUGAAGAGGGAGAGGAUUUGGCAAGUUCUGUGCUUCAGACACCUUUCGUGGAGUGUUUGCCUAACUACCUCACGGAGACGGAAAAGAUGCGUGCAGCGCUUUUUGAGAAGUUUGUGGAGGAGGUGGUACAAUGCACCGAAGAGGGGGAAGAUGAGCUGCAAAGAAGCUACGGAUCUCCAGGUUCAGCUCCAAGAGUUAUUCGAAGCAAAGAUGGCGAUGACGACGACAAGCAAGACAUCAGGAGGAGGAACAAGAGGAAGUCGGAGGACAACCACGGGAAGAGUGACGAACAUCACAAAGACAAGGAGCUGCGAAAGCUGCAGGAGGAGCUUGCGGCCGCAAAGAAGCUUCUGAGCUCAUCGACGCCCGGAGGGGAGGAGUGA